AUGAUGGCGACUAUCGAGAGCGCCCCGGGUAGCGCGGACUCAGAGAAGGAUCCAGUGACGGAGGUUAAGGUCGGGCACUUGGAAGACCCAGAUGCUGGUCUGAGUGAGGAGGAACAAGCCAAGAUUGAUCGCCGCCUUUUAUGGAAGCUCGAUCUUCGUCUCAUACCUUGGCUCAGUUUACUGUACUUGGCCUCAUUCCUUGAUCGCACAAACAUUGGAAAUGCGAAGCUUGUUGGUCUGACCAAAGAGCUGAAUAUCUCUUCCAACCAAUACAAUGCCACUCUAACCAUCUUCUUUGUCUCCUACUCCAUCUUUGAGCCUGUCACAAAUAUCCUGCUCAAGCGCCUCCGCCCGAGUAUUUUCAUCCCGAUCAUCAUGAUCUGCUGGGGAAUAUGUAUGACCCUGAUGGGCAUCGUUAAGAACUACGCCGGGCUAUUGGCAGUUCGCUGGUUCCUCGGUCUUAGUGAAGCCGGUCUAUUCCCAGGAGUGGGCUACUUCCUCUCAUGUUGGUACAAACGCUCUGAAUUCGGCGUUCGCAUGGCCAUAUUUUUCUCCGCUGCCGCAUUGGCUGGAUCCUUUGGUGGAUUGCUAGCAGCAGCCAUUGCCAACAUGGACGGAGUUGGCGGUAAAUCUGGCUGGUCAUGGAUUUUCAUUCUCGAGGGUCUAGCUACCGUGGUUAUUGGUGUUGCUUCCUUCUGGUGUGUGCAUGACUUUCCAGAUCAAGCCAAGUUCCUCUCAGACAAAGAUCGCGCACGUGUCAUCCGUCGUCUGGCAUUGGACCAGCAGUCGAGUGCGGAGCAUGAAGAUUUCAAGAUGAGCUACUUCUGGGCCAGUGUGAAGGAUUGGAAAACCUGGACUGGCGCUAUCAUCUACAUGGGCGCGGAUGGCUCUCUCUAUGCAUUCUCCCUUUUUAUCCCCACAAUCAUUAAAGAACUAGUGGGUUACAGCUCAAUUCGGGCACAGCUUCUCAGUGUCCCUCCUUAUGCUGCUGCUGCCAUUUUGACAAUCAGCAUUGGCUUCAUUGCCGAUCGAACGCGCCAGAGAGGGUUGUGUAACAUCGGGACAUCGAUUCUCGGAAUCGUGGGCUUUUCCAUGCUUCUGGGAUGUGAGUCUGCAGGAGGUCGUUAUGCCGGAACCUUCCUUGGUGCGAUGGGAAUUUAUCCAGCGAUUGCCAACACAAUCUCAUGGGCAAGUAACAAUAUUGAAGGUGUCUACAAACGUGGUGCUUCAUUGGGUUUUAUCAUUGGAUGGGGUAACCUCAAUGGUAUCAUCUCAUCGAAUAUCUACCGCGACAAAGACGCCCCUCGCUUUUAUCCCGGUCAUGGUACUGUGCUGGGAUACCUCGUGGUUUUUUUAUUCGGUGGAUCUAUUUUGCAGUAUUUCUUGCUUCGCCGAGAGAAUGAUAAGCGACGACGUGGCGAGCGAGACCAGCGGAUCGAAGGUCUAAGCCAAAGUGAAAUCGAGGCGCUUGGUGACCAGCGUCCUGAUUUCAGCUAUACUUUGUGA